UUUACAAGUGCGACAAAGAGGCAACACGUCGAACGUGGUUCGCGGUAGGCCCUCUGGCUUCGGUAACUGUGCGUAAUGACACUUUUCCUCAGCAAUAAGCUACAAUUAGCACCUUAUGGGUGUUUGGCUCCUUGGUUUAAGUCAAAUGUAGAACCUUCCUAUAAACAUUUAGCAUCUAACACAUAAAUACUCAAAUAUAAAAUUGAUUUUAGCGCAAUGCGUUUUCUUUGAUUAAACAUUGGACAUGUGAGCUUAUUUUGAAAGAAAAUUAAGGGGUAGUGGCUUUUUGAUAGGCGUACGAUAUUUUUUUCAUCGGUACGAUAAUUUCGACACUGAAAUACUAUAAUUAUAUUCUGCUCACCUGGCAACACUGAUAGAAACUGUCAAGCAAUCAAGCAGGUCUUGUCAACGCUGCAUCGAUGUGCAUUGCAAGCAAAUUAAUGUAAUUUUCUCUAUAAAUAAUUUCAAUUUUAGCAUUCCAAAUGGAGGUCCUAGUCGCUAACGUAGAUCAUAUUAAAUUCGACAUAGAUUUUGCAUUAGACGAGCAAUAUGGAGCUUUACCGCUACCGUUUCCCGGAAUGGACAAGUCCACGGCCGCGGUAUGCGAAUUUUACAGUCAACCCAAUGGAUGUACAAAUGGACCUCAAUGUCCUUACAGACACGUCCGUGGCGACCGCACGGUGGUUUGCAAGCAUUGGCUGCGCGGCCUGUGCAAGAAGGGCGACCAGUGCGAGUUCCUUCACGAGUAUGACAUGUCCAAAAUGCCAGAGUGCUACUUCUACGCGCGCUUUAAUGCCUGCCACAAUAAGGAGUGCCCGUUUCUGCAUAUAGACCCGGAGAGCAAGAUCAAAGACUGUCCCUGGUACGACCGCGGCUUCUGCCGGCACGGGCCGCACUGCCGGCACCGCCACGUGCGCCGCGUGCUCUGCACCAACUACCUGGCCGGGCUCUGCCCCGAAGGGCCCUCCUGCAAGUACAUGCACCCGCGCUUCGAGCUGCCUGCUCCACCGGAGCAAACUAAGGAUGCUAAGAGAUUGCCUGUUUGUCAUUAUUGUUCUGAAGUCGGACAUAAGGCGUCAUCGUGUAACAAGAUACCGCCAGAGCAACGCGAAGCAGCCCAACGCCAAGAAGAAGCCCGGUACCGAGCGCUCGGCUACAUCAAGCCGGCCAACGAGAACGAGAACUCGGAGAGCCCCCGCCUGCAGCGCAUGAUGCACAAGCCCCUGGAGGAAGUCACCUGCUUUAAGUGCGGCACGAAGGGACAUUAUGCCAACCGGUGCCCGAAGGGGCAUCUCGCUUUCUUGUCAAGUCAGAAUCAAAAUCAGCAGAACCAAAACCAGUGGCUUAGGGAUAAACAGCAGCAACAGCAACAGCCGCCGCAGCAGCAGUGAUAGUUUUAAGCUUUAGUUUUAAUUAAGUGACAUGGAAAUUAAGAUGAAUGUAGUCGCGUUUUUGACGAUAAAGGGGUUAUUGUUAGAGUCAGACCAAAAUAAGUUGGCAACGAUUUUGACAGCCCAGACAGUGCAAGUGUUAUUUGAGAUGUCAAACCUCUAUGAAAUUAUGGCGUUUACUUAACAUUUGCACAGACUGGCCUCUCAAAAUCGCUAGGUCGGAUUCUAUUAUUACAUCUAUGCUCUUCAGUGCCGGAUUAACCAUUAAGCAAAAUAAGCACUUGCUUAGGGCACCACGUCUAGGGGGGCACCAAAAUCGUAGGAAAAAAGGGCAGGCUGCAGCCGUAGUGUAGUACUUAUGUACACGAAACUAUUUAAUACAUGUGCAAGUAGGUACCCAUCUAAUAACGAAGGGUCGUAAGAGAGUGAGGACAUGUAAGCAUAUCUCCAACCUUACGCGGAGGCCCUGAAAGCUCAUGGCCAAAAAAAAAAUCUUACCGUCGGGCUUGUGCCCAACCGAUUUUCUCGACGUAGAUUACCCAUUUUGUAGCGUAUUUUACUCUCUUGCAUGCAAGAUGUGUCGGCCAGGCCGAGUUGGUGCAGAGCCGCGAUGCUGCGACCUAAUUGUCAAAGUGUUAUAAAGGGCCCCUCGAAGGCCGAAAACCAAAAGCAUCUUAUGAAGUUGCGCUUUCGAGUUAAGCCAAAGGCCGAGCAGUAGGAGAACUGUGAUUACAUAGGUUCGAUUUCAAGCCACUCUUUUGCAGUUCGGCGUUAGGUCUUAUGCGACGCUACUUUAUGCAAACUGCCUCACUUUCACUUGGCCAUGGAUCCAAAUCCAAGCUGUCCUCUCUCUCAGCUGGGUUUCCUGCCUUGCUCACACCUCGCCAUUGGUUGUAUUGUAUGAUAACGCUCCGCGCUCGGACGCUCCGGACGCCAAGCCAUUCAUACCUCGCCAUUGGUCAAAUUCAAGCCUUGCUUUUGUCCAGCUCGACCUUUGGCCUCAUCCGUAAGCGCCGAUUGAACGCUCCGCGCGUUCAGCCUUAUGAAAAGCUCAGCCUUAGACUUUGCCUUUAAAAACACUGAUUUAAACUUUCACGAUUUAGACCAAUCAAAUUAGAUCCAAAAAUAGCGUUUUGAGGAAUUAAUUCACAGCAAGCUGGAAAUUGUUUUGAUACUUUCAUUUGGUCCUAAAUGCAUGUAAUCCGAGUUCGCUCCAUCCCAGGAGGUGUGCAUACAUUUUGGUAUCCUUAGGAGAUAUUUUUUCCUUUGGAUUACCAAACCACUCCAUGUAGAGGAACCCACUAUCAAUUACAAUAGCGCUUGGUGGAUUAGACAAUGGUAAGAAGGCGUUUUCGGAUUAUUAACAUAAUUUGAGCAAAAAAAAAAAAAAUGUUGACCAUUUUUACAAUUUAUACGAAUACAUAUAUUAUUAUAUAUUAUUACCUUAAAUCAAUCAAUCAAUAUAUUUUAUUGCAAGAACAUAGUUAAAUUACAUUUCGGAUCCUCAGAUAUCAAUUAGAACAAACUGUCCGUCGGACUUACCGUUUUCGAUUUACAAGCAAAAAAACUGAAAAAGAGGAAACAUUUAUGCACACCUCCUGGGAUGGAGCAAACUUGGAUUACACGCGUUACGAGUAUUAGGAACAAAUUCGAAAAAAUCUAAUUUUAUUGGCCUAAUUGUGACACAUUAUUAUUUAAGAAAACUUUUUAAAAUUACCUCCAACCUCAAGAUAAUGAUGUCUACUUUACCGUCUUCUCCGAGACCAUGGGUACAACGCCGUCCUUGAAACGUCGCGUCGGGUCAGAGGUAAUUUUAUAACUUACCCUAUUAAGUUCCGUUGUCGUAAACAAUAAUUUGCUAUUUAAGACACUUGUGGCCUUGUUCUGACAAGAACCAAUGGCCAAUGGCUAAGCCCCUACAGAAGCUCGGCCUUUGCCCUCACAUGAAUGAGUUUCGCAGGAAAGCUCUAGGUAGAGGUCGCAAAACCCUGUGCGGAGUUCGGCCUAUGUCUUGCGUCUUCGCUUACACUAGGACAUUGGUUGGUUCGGCCUCUGGCCUUAUGUGAAGAACGGUCUUCGAAUUUGCUUACACUUGACCUUACUUACUGUUGGAACAUUACUGCUGCAGUACUAUCAAUUUCCGUGAUAAAAUGAUGUGAUGGAUUGAAAAUUAUAUUCUCAGCUGUAAUGCAGCAAUAAACGGCACUCAAUAUACCAAGAAAAUUCAAUGUAAUCUUGGUGAGGGGGCACCAUGGUCUAGAAAUGCUUAGGGCAUCAACAUAUCUUAAUCCGGCACUGAUGCUCUUUCACACUUUCUACUAAGAGAGACAAAGAAAGGAUGAUGAACUAGGAAAGGAAGGAUGUUGUUUCUUUUUCCCUCUUAGUAGAAAGUGCCUGGCAAAAGGCUAGACCUUAUCCACUUAACCCUUUGAACGCCACGCCUUUUGUGUGCGGUGUGUCAACCUGAACCUUAUCAGAAUGCAUGAAGGUUGAUAUUGAGCCGUAGCCGCGCCG